UCUCGCGCCCUUUCCGUCAAGUGUUCUUCUCCUCUUUGCUGCGCGGCUGUCAAGCUCGACAUUUUCUCUUCUUGUUUGACUAGUGUCAACCUUCUGCAUCCACUGUCAAAGAGGUCGCGUUGAGCGGCGUCGUUGAUAGCAGCCACAGAUUUGAACCCCGUGGUCUCACUACAAUUACAACCACCAUCAUGGGCUUUGAGGCUCCCAAGGGCGUUCCCACCGUCUUCGACCCCAGCUUCAAGGGCGUCGGCCAGAAGCCUGGUCUCGACAUCUGGCGUGUGGAGAAGCUCGCCGUGGUGAAGAAGGAACCCACAGACAAGGCUUUCAAGGGCCAGCUCCACGAGGGCGAUGCCUACAUUAUCCUCCAGACCAAGCAAGUUGGCCCUGCGCUUGAGCGCCACAUCUACUUCUGGCUCGGCAAGGAGUCGACCCAGGACGAGCAGGGCGUGGCCGCCUACAAGACGGUCGAGCUCGACCAGUCGCUCGGCGAUGAGCCCGUCCAGCAUCGCGAAGUCCAGGACCACGAGUCAGACGAGUUCCUUGGUCUCUUCAAGGAUGGUCUGCAAUAUCUGCCUGGAGGCGUGGCCACUGGCUUCAAGCACGUUGACAAGGAGGGCGAGCACCGCACUCGUCUGCUCCACGUCAAGGGUCGCCGCAAAAUCCGCGUCUCCGAGGUCCCUCUUCAGGCCGGCAGCGUCAACGAGGGUGAUGUCUUCAUCCUCGAUGCCUACAUGGAGAUUUACCAGUGGAACGGCAAGGAGGCUAGCCGUCUUGAGAAGACCAAGGCCAUGCAGAUUGUCCAGCGCAUCCGCGAUGAGGAGCGUGGCGGCAGUGCCAAGAUCUCCGUCAUUGACCAGGACAAGGACGACGAUGCCGCCUUCUGGGGCAAGCUUGGUGGCAAGCCGGCUCAGAUCAAGUCGGCUCAGGAUGCCGGCUCGGAUGACGCCCAUGAGCGCAGCGCCGUCAAGGAGAUGACCCUCUACCGCGUCUCCGACGCCUCGGGCUCCAUGCAGGUCACUCCCAUCGAGGAGAAGCCCUACAAGAAGGAGCAGCUCGACACCAACGAUGCCUUUAUCCUCGACUGCGGACCCGCCGGUAUCUUUGUCUGGGUCGGCAAGGGUGCCACCAAGGAGGAGCGUGCCUUCUCCAUGCGCACUGGUACCGACUUUAUCAAGCAAAAGGGCUACCCCAACCACACCCCCGUCACCCGCGUCGUCGAGACCGGCGAGACCCCUGUCUUCAAGGAGAAGUUUGCCUCAUGGCCCGAACCCAACAUGCUUCUCCCCGGCCAGUAUGCCAAGCGCGAGAAGAACCCGGCCUUCAACAAGCAGUUUAGCACCAUGACGCUUCACGAUGCUGUCGAGCGCCAAAAAGAGACGCUGCCCGAUGACGGCAAGGGUACCCUCGAGGUCUGGCGCAUCGAGAACUUUGAGCGCGCCCCCGUUCCCAAGGAGCAGUACGGCCACUUCUUUGGCGGCGACUCGUACGUCAUGCUCUACACCUACCUUAAGAACAGCAAGAAGUGCUACAUCAUUUACUUUUGGCAGGGCCUCAAGUCGUCCCAGGACGAGCGCGGUGCCUCGGCCAUCCACGCCGUCAAGCUCGAUGAGGAGUACGGUGGCGAUCCGGUCCAGGUCCGCGUCGUCCAGAACAAGGAGCCCCCGCACUUUUACCUCGUCAUGCAGCAGUUUGGCGGCAUGGUCGUGCACGCCGGUGGCCACGCCUCGGGCUUUAAGAACGUUGCCGAUCAGGACAGCUACGACACGGACGGCACCCGCCUCUUCCAGGUCCGCGGCACCAACGACUGGAACACCCGCGCCGUCCAGGUCGAGGAGGAGCCUGCCUCCCUCAACUCGGGCGAUGUCUUCAUCCUCGAGACCCCCAAGCAGUGCUACCUGUGGUUCGGCAAGGGCUGCAGCGGCGAUGAGCGCGAGUUUGGCCGCCAAAUUAUCAAGGCGGUCAUUGGCAACCGUGGCUUUGAAACGGUCACGGAAGGCCAGGAGCCUGCCGAGUUCUGGUCUGGUCUGGGCCACGACAUUGCCAACGGCCGUCCCCACUACGCUGAGGUCAAGGAGGCCCAGAUGCAGGAAUACCGUCCCCCGCGUCUGUUCCAGUGCUCCAACGCCCGCGGCUACUUUUAUGUCGAGGAGAUUUUCGACUUUGAUCAGGAGGACCUGAUUGAGGACGACGUCAUGAUCCUUGACGCCUUCUUCGAGGUCUUUGUCUGGAUUGGUGCGGGUGCCAACGUCGAGGAGCGCAAGCACGCUCUGGAGACGGCCAAGGAGUACGUCGACUCGGAUCCUACGGACCGCACGAGCGAUGACACGGCCAUCAUGGUGGUCAAGCAGGGUCUGGAGCCAACCAACUUCCGCUGCCACUUUAUGGCGUGGGACGACGAGAAGUGGUCCAACGGCAUGAACUACGAGCAGCUCAAGGCCGCGCUCGGCUCGGGUGAGGUUGGUGCCGUCAGCCUCGACCAAGCAAUGGAUGCCUUUAGCACCAACAAGAAGUACCCCUAUGAGCAGCUCAAGAGCAAUGACGGUCUCCCUGACACUGUUGACAAGACGAAGAAGGAGCAGUACCUGUCGGACGACGACUUCCAGACCAUCUUCAAGAUGAGCCGCUCCGAGUUCUCGGCGCUGGCCAAGUGGAAGCAGAACAACAAGAAGAAAGAAGUCGGCCUCUUCUAAAGCAAGCACACGCUUGAUUUUGUGUCGAGUUCUGCGAAAUACGACCUUGUACAGCGAGCGUGGCUUGUGCGCUGCUGGCUUGGCCUGUUGUCAGCUCUUUGUGACCUCGCGCUGUAUGUUUUAUCUGUGUUUUGUUGGAGGUGCUUGGCCCGCGCGUGUUUGUUGCAGUAUGCAAAGCGCGCCGUUUGGCCUCGCGUUUUCAUUCAAUCUUCCUCCUGCCGCGCUUGCGCGCCCGAGUUGGUCCAUGCCACUCGGCUCAUCCCCUUAAAUUCAUUUUAACAUGU